AUGGACUUCGAUGAAGAUACUCUGUUUCUUGGAAAUAUUCCUUCCAGCUUCACGAAUGAACUUCUUACGGAAAUGCUAAGCACUUUUGGAGAGAUUAAAGAGUUUAGGCGUGGUAGGAGUCUGGAGGGCAUUAACUCGGGAUGGGUAUUUGUAAAUUACCACGAGUCAGCAUCUGCAGAGCGUCUCUACGACACUCUUUUGGGCAGAGACUUGGGACAAAGCGGAAUAAUUAUUCUUCCUCAAAGAACGAGUCCCAGCUCGUGGGAAGGUAAGAAGAAUGCACUUAAAAGAAUUGAGAGCAUAUGUGAGAGAUACAGGAAGGAGCUUGAGAAAGAGGAACGCCUGGAAAAGUUUGUUUCUAGCUACAAUCUGCUGUAUGGAGAUGCAAAUGAUAGCAAGGUAUUUUAUGAUGCAUUGAAAAAAUGGAUAGAAGAAGAGUCAGAAAUACGCAGAAGAUGCAGAAGAAUUGAAGAGGAAUUUAAAAGAAGCAUGGAGAAGAAGAGACAGGAGGAAUACCAUUAUCUGUCUACCUAUGACGAUGACAGGUCGAAUGACUUAUUUUAUAUUGACAGGGCAUCUUGGAUUUCCACCAGAAGGAACAAAUAUGGCGAUAAAUAA